AUGACUUCAUUUGAAAUAGUACUUCAAAUGCUCUACGUUCCAAGGAUGACUGAGGGUUUUUCCGUUGGAGUCUUUGAGUCGAUAAGUCCCCGAUCGCUGGAUACCGAUGAUUUCGUAGGGUCCCUCCCAGGAAGGUCCGAGGGUUCCUUCCGUGGGAUUCUUGGUUGCCAAAGAGACUUUCCGCAUGACCCAAUCUCCGAUUCGGAAAGAGCGGGAUCUGACCCUGGAGUCAUAGUAUCGAGAGACGCGUUGCUUGUAAGCUUCGUUCCGAAGGUUGGCUUGUGCUCGGCGCUCUUCGAGUAA